AUGAUCGCACGCCGACGUCGAUGGGAACCAGCCUCGAAGCACCGACCGGUACACAUCUACAUUUUCGAGAAAGCCAUCGAGACGCUGUCACGAGCUUUGCUGCUCAUUCAAGUUGCGCUUGAUGCAGAUCUUCCACUACGUCAGCGCUGCAACUUGUUUCUGGAGAUUUUUGGCAACUCUCGCGUCCAAGAGAGGACGAGUGCCUACAUCGAAGAUCAGGCAAAGCUACUCGUUGACUUCGUGUACAAUGAUCGCGGCCCAUUGGCAGGUCUAAUUGACCUCUCCCACUUAAAGCUGCGCACUCACGAUGAUCUCAUCGAUUCGUUCCAAAGCUGGUUUCAGCGUGUCACGUUUGACGUUGACACUCUUCGAGACCAUCGUCUUCGCCACUAUUACGAAGUUCGCUACGAUUACCGUGACAACCUCAUUGACUGGGAUUACACCAUGAAGCUUAAGAAAAUUGAGAAUGCCGAUGUAAUUCACAUUCGCCAGUAUCGUGACUGGCGAAACUCUGGUGUGGCCUUUGAAUUUGGAGACCAAAUGUAUACAGUGCCGAACCGCACAAUGGCAGCAUACACAGAGGCGAAGAAUAAGCACCACAAAUCCGUGCUGUGCAGAGGCUUGUGGACAGAUAUCAUUGUGAGCCCGUAUAUCUCGUUUGGAGUUCACUGUGAAAAACCAAACAGAUUCGUGGAGCAGCUCUUCGAGAUUCACAACAAAGGGACAGGGGUCGAACAGAAUCGCCAUAACACAGUCGAAGUUGCGGUGUACAAUGUGCUGUCGUAUUUGUACGAGAUCGAGACAGGGAAACGAUAUCAGAUGGGAGAGGUUGUUCCGCUGACAGGGAACAUUGAGGACUUGUUCUCCAAAAAGCGCUAUACGGGGCUCUUUGACUACGCGUUUAUUUCAUCGCAACAAUGUCGCACACUUCAACCCUCAGAAGGUGAGAAGCAUCAGACAACAGCAGCUAUCACAAACAUCUUGAAGGACGGUGCGGCCGUUGACAUCGAGUCUAGUGUAUUCAUGCUCCCGCUUCAAGUGGAGCAAAGAGCGCUCUACGUGACAAAGCUGCAGGAAUGGACUGCUUUUCAUUCGCUGAAACCCACGUUUGACUUUAAUGGCAAGAUCGAGCCUUCUAACGACGACAUGGCUGAGAUCAAGAACACAGUGCUGCGAUUUAUCUACGGGAUAAAGAAAGCGAAUGCUGUUUCACCCAUCUCCCAGAGCUAA